GGUAUAACAUGGAGAAUGGUAUUUGUUAUCUCCUCCCACUUAUCUCAUUUUGUAGUUCAUUAUACUGGCAGGUCUCUAGCUGCUUGUGAGCUACUUUAUAACGCCGGAUACAGAAACCUUUUCUGGGUGCAAGGUGGCCUGGAAGCUGCAGAAGAGGAGGAUCUUGUUAUCGAAGGUCCUCAACCUCUUAAAUUUGCUGGAAUUGUUGGGGUUUCUGAGUUUCUUGGUUUUACUGAUCAACAAAGAGAUGCAGCUUCGAGAGAAGGUUGGAGUUACCGACUAGUGUUCUCUGCCCGGCUGGUGGGGAUCUUUCUCGUUGCUGAUGCCUUGUUUUUUGGUGCUCAGCAAGUGGGCCAUUAUCUUCAGGAUCUAAGGUCUCACUGAUGUUCAGAAACUUAGUUUGAAUAUUUGAUUCAACUAAUAGAGGGUGCGGUUUGCAGUUCCUGAUCACCUUAUGAAGACAAGUUUGCCAAUGAUCGCAAAUUAUCGUUGCCAGAGUACUUCAAGAAGCCAAAAUACAUAUUUGCUUUUCAAUAAUGAAUACCCCAUAUUACAUCUUUUCCGAUGCUUUUGAAUCGACAAAUUUCAUCAUUUUUUAUUUUUUUUCUACCAUGUGCUGUUUUGAAGCUAAUCAAGAGUGAUUGUCUAUGUAAAUUUUGUUGAAAUCUUUGUGGAGUUGCUAAAAGUUUACAUUUGAUUGCCUUGUACUGUAUAGCUUCUGUAAGCCCUAUUGCCGGAUAAUUUAUCCUUGUUUCCUUUGUCUGAGUUCUAGACAACUUA